CUAAUUCUGUUUUAAAGGCAUAAAAAACAGGUCGGGUAUUGAGAAACGUACAUUUAUGAAUAUAAAACUUAGCCAAUAGUAUAAUGAGGUUGCAAAGGUAAAAUGCCUUUUUCAAAUGUUUUUUCAUUUCAUACAUAUCAUUAGUCAUACGAGCACUUUUAAGGGGCGUCGUGUGUGACGUCAUCACAACGCGACGGUGUUUACGUUUGCAAAAGUGCGCCAUCGUCAAACGGCUGAAAUCAACACCAAACCCUCACGGCUAAACACACGGAGGAAUUAUUUUACAGUACUGUCCUCUUUUCUGCCACAAAGUAAGAACAGUGAUUGUUGGAUUAUUGGAAGUUUAAACCUGGUCUAGCUCUGAGAAUCAUGGAUAGUGAAAUUCAGCGAGACGGCAGAGUUCUGGAUCUGACAGACGACGCAUGGAGGGAAGACAGGCUGCCCUAUGAGGACGUCACCAUCCCUCUGAGUGAACUCCCUGAGGCCGAGCAGGACAACGGGGGAUCCACGGAGUCGGUGAAGGAGCAGGAGAUGAAAUGGACGGACCUUUCCCUGCAGAGCCUGCACGAAAACACUCCGAACACUGGGAGUUGAAUCACCACUGACUGGACUUGGACUGUGGAACCAUAGCACCAGCUACGUUCAACCUCACCUGGUUUGAUGUUAGUGCAUUGAAAUAUAGUCUGACUGUUUGUACUUUUCUGGCGCAGUCACUUGAUAAGUGCUGCAUGCUGUUCUUAAGCUUGUGAAAUGUCUUUUAAGCGAAGGUCUUGCUAUUUAAUAAGUCAUAGAGGAGUGUCUAACAUGUUUAUACAGCAUUAAACAUGUACACUAAUGGUU